UGUUUCUUAACUCAGUCUGACAGUAAAACUCCAGAGUCUCAACUAGCUUCCCUCAUAGAGACACAACAUGUGACCUGAUGAACUCAGUGAACAGCUUCUGUCUCAAUCACCUGUUCCUGUCUCUUUAAGACCCCCUGCCUGAUUAAGCUAUGCUCUGAUUGGUCAGCCCAAGCACUCUCUUGCGAUUGGUCAACAGCUUCCAGCGUGUGUAUGAAAUGUCUGCGUUCGCUGUUUGUCUACCUGGAUUUGAGAAUUGAAGACUCGGGGGCUUUUAUCUUCAUCUGACAGAUCCGCUGCUUCAGGAGCUUCACAGAUUCUGGACUUUUUAACUUUGCAGAUCUUUUAAGUUCACAGAAGAACUUUAGAAAAACCUUUUCCACUUGUCAAAUCAGAUUCAAUCAGGGGUUGAGCUCAGUGAAACUGGGAAACGAGACGUGCAGGUGAACACUCGCUGGAGAGACGGUGAGAGAGCGUCUCAGGGAAAGGAGCCGAUCACCUUUUCAUUUCAAAGACUUUCACCUCGAUACCAAAAAUCUCCUGUAUUUACUUCACGUUGGCUUAAAAGACCAAACACUGAAACAAUUUCUCCUGUAACUCACAACGACAAACGUCUUAUUUAAAUCCAUUAAACAGUUCUUAAAAAUCGUUAUUAUCAUCAACAGUUUUUUUUUUUUUUAUAGUUUUUAAAUUUCUAUAAGGGCCCUGCUCCUUGUCUUCGUUUUUUUCACCGCUCAGACUUUGUGGACGGGCCCUAACUUCGAUGCGUUCAGGGACCGUCUCAGAGGCUCGGACACUGCGCUGCUGAAACCCAUAACCUGAGUGCCCAGGGGAAAGCGGGUGAAGAUGCACCGAGGCUGAGCUGCGGUGAAGACCCGGGACUCCGCUCCUCUGCGGCGGGACAAGCUGCACGGUUCUCCCGGUCACAGGAGGACAGCGAGCGCACGUCCGGACGAAGUUCACGUGUAAGAAAGAAGGUUUCAGCUCUGACGUGAUGAGUUCACUGCCGCAGCUCAGCUCCAGGACGUUUCUGGUGAAGAAGAAGAAGUUUAAGUUCCAGGUGCACUUCUCUCUGGACCAGCUGACCGCGGUGCCCUUUGUCAACGGGCUGCUCUUCUGCAAGAUCCGACUCAUCGAUGGAGGAGACUUCUCCGUCCUGUCGUCCAGGGAGGAGGUGCAGCAGAACUGUGUUCGGUGGAGGAAGAAGUUCUCGUUUGUGUGUAAGAUGAGCGCCAGCCCCGCCUCCGGAGUGUUGGACCCCUGCGUCUGCAGAGUCUCUGUACGCAAGGAGCUGAAAGGAGGAAAAGCCUUUUCCAAGCUCGGUUUCGCUGAUCUCAACAUGGCAGAAUUCGCUGGAUCAGGCUCCACAGUCCGCUGCUGCAUCCUGGAGGGUUACGACACCAAGCACACCCGACAGGACAACUCCAUCCUGAAGGUCACCAUCGGGAUGAGUCUUCUCUCCGGGGAUCCCUGCUUCAAAACGCCUCCCAGCACGGCCAAAUCGGUCUCCACCGGGGACGAGGACCCGACCCUGCAGCCGGACCGCAAGGGAGAGAGCACUGAUGCCACGAUGCAGCCACCAGGGGGCGUCCUGGAGGGACCGCGCACCUUCAAACCCCGACAGCCUUCAGUACGGAGCUCAGGACUGCCUGACGAGGGGGUGAAUCCAGAUGACGUCUUUCACUCUGGUCAUUUCCGCAGCUCCAGCUACGCCAGUCAGCACAGCAGGAUAUCAGGUCACAGCACCGGUCACUCUCGCUGCUCCAGCCUGACCGACCUCAGUCACCAGAGAAACGCCUCGUCCAGCAGCAGCGCUUCCUGUGGACACGCCCACUCGGCCCCGCCUCCUCCCUCCAGCCCCACUGAGCCUCAGAGGCAGGCCACGCCCACCAGACCGGAGCGGCCGCCUCCCCCCUCUGCAGCAGCGUUCAUGUCCAACAGAUCGUCCAGGAGGAAGCUGGACCCGGUGCAGAGACACCUCAGCUGCGUGGACGACACUCGUCUCGACGCUGACGACAUCGUGGAGAAAAUCCUCCAGAGUCAGAACUUCUCUGACGGCAGCAACAACGAAGACAGCAACUUGAGGCUGUUUGUCAGUAAAGACGGGACGACGGCGCUCAGCGGGUCGCUCGCCAACAGAGGAACUCCUGGUGUCUUCGAGCCGGUGGUCAUCGAGACGAACGGAGCUUGAAGGCGUCUCCGUCCUGCACCGGACUUUAACGUCCCCUGAGCAGCAGGUGGUCUCUGGUGAUCAGAUCUGUGACAUGUGACUGAGCAGAGCUUCAAGCAUGAGUGUGAAACACUCCCAGUGAAACACUCCCAGUGAAACACUCCCAGUGAAACUUCAACCAAUACUUGAACAAAACCUUAAAAAACCACCGACUGUGAGAAGUGUAGUGUAACACUGACAUGAUGCGUUCAGGCUCCUUGUGAACUCCGUGACUCCCAGUGUCCACAUCUGGUGGAUUGUUGUGUGAACAUCAGGUUCAGAUUUCGUCAUCGUUUCUUUUCUCAGCUUCAAUUCAUGUUGUGGUUUCACGUCGGCCUGAUGAUGUCACGUUUCCAAUUCCUGGUGAUUAUGAUGUAAUUGUUUUCCUACGAGUUGACGAUGAUGAAACCAUCGAGAGGCUCCGACUGGGGACAGGAAAUCUGCCUGGAACUGGAUCAAAAGCUUUGAUCAUCAAGUUAUUUGAUGAUUGUUUAGAAAAUUAAUAUAUUAUUUUGCACAUUUUUUUCAAACCACUAAAGGAAAAGGAGAUGGUACAGGUUUUUUUAAACGGCACAUGACAAGUUAUUUUAUUUUAAAGUUCUUUAUUAUUUUUCAGCUCAAUGCUUCUUGUUCUCAGACAGAAUAAGUCGUGAGCUGCUGUGACACAGAGUCUGCGUUCAUAUGGUCGGCCAUUUGCAACUUCUUGUCACAUUUCUGCAUGAACGUUUAUUCAUUUCUCAUAAGUUUAUGAAUUAUUAGUCUUUAAAAACGAUCUUAUGUUUCAAGGGGCUGAGGAGAAAUUUAAAGCUGCAGUAACUUGUUAACGCUGCAGUUUAAAGCUUUAAAACGUGUAUGAGUCAAUAUUUACCUCGUUGUAGCGUAGACUGAUAGUAAACAUGGAACCAAAAGUGAAGCCAAGUCAUCUUGAUCACCCCCUGGUGGCUGGCUGCAGUACAGGCUUCUCUCAGCCAAGCUGCUCUCCACAGUUUUUCUCAGUUAUUGAUACAUAAACGGGCUGAGAUGUCAUGAUUGACAGCUGAGGAAUAAAAUAUAAAUAAAGAUGGACAAAAAGAAGGCUCCUGAAAGUGAAGCCAAAGCAUCUUUAUCACCCCCUGGUGGUGAGAUUCCCACUGCACAGAGUCUGACUACAAAUUAUUUUGUCAGCAAAAGAUGGCAGCGUUCGUAUCUAUGAUGUUUUGGAUUAAUUUCAGUUUGGAUAUAUAUCUAUAUAUAUAUAUAAUUUUGGGUCCAGCAGGCUGGUCUUAAGAUUCUUAAAAGAUUUUAUGUUAAAGCUCAAAUCAAACACUUUUCUUUGCACUCGCCCAAACGUUGUCUGUGAUUUUAUGAUAUAAUUGAACAACAUGUACUUUUGUCCAUGCAUGAGGUGAAUGGGAUUUUUCUCUUCUUAUUGAAUGAACUUAAACUGAAUAAUGAUAAUGGGAUUAUGUUGCAUUUGUACUGGUGAUACUGAUAUAAUUCACUUUCUAGGGAGGUUUUGGUGAGAAGAAUAUAAACAUUUUAACUGUGGUAACUUAAUAAAGUCAAAUUAUGACUUUGGAGCUAUAAUCAUCAAAUGAGGAAAACAAAGAAUAUAUGCAUAUAAAACACAGUUUUAAUAUGUUAAAUAAACACUGUGUGUUGUAACAUUC